AGGAGAGGGCGACCUUCUUUUCCCACGAGCCCCGCGCGCGCAACCUUCUCCCGGCAGCCCUUGCGAGCGGAGGACAGGGAGACGCUGCGGCAGCUUCAAGAUGGCGGACCGACCCGUUCCAGUAAAAGACAUGAGGCUGCUGGAUGUAAAAGUGGGGCAAUUGCCAAACUGGUUAGCAACUCGAAAUUACACCCCAGCUGGGUUUGUUUUGGGUGUCCGAGGAGGCUAUGACAGAUUUGUCAAAAAGUACAUUGAUGUGAAGAAACCAGGCAUUGGUGGCUUGGCCAUGAUGCUAACUGCCUAUGUGGUUAUCAGCUACAUCUGGAGCUUCGACCAUAUAAAGCAUGAUCGCUGGAGGAAGUAUCACUGAAGCUUGAUGGACCAGAAGAAUACAAGCUACCAUACUGCAAAUUGUAAUGAGUUAGCUUCAACUGGAUGCAGAUUGGCUCUUACCUUCUAGACUCAACAGUGUACUCUGUGACCAAUAAUAAAAUACUUUCAUUGUGA